AUGGAUGGAUCUGGACCGGCCUUACUUGGUAGGGACACCGCCAUGGAACUUGGAAUGUUGAGGAUAGGUGUCAACUCGGUUAACGUUGUAACGGAUGAUCUGUUGGACAAAUAUUCUGCAUGUUUUAAUGGUAUAGGCAAGUUGAAAGACUAUCAGCUGAAAUUACACAUAGAUGAGACAGUCCGACCUGUAGCUCAACACAUGUAUAGGGUACCGUAUAGUUUGAGGGCGAAGGUAAGCGACAAGAUUGAUGAGUUGGAAACCUUGGAUAUUAUUGAAAAGGUUGAGAAGCCGACACCUUGGGUCAGUCCUUGCAUUGUCGUGCCUAAACCGGACGGUGACAUUCGUAUUUGUGUUGAUAUGAGGCAAGCAAACAGAGAGCAAUUAUACGGGAGAGACAUCCUAUUCCGACAGUAG